UUCAUCUAUUCUUCUACUCAUAUAGAUGGUCAAUAUCCAUACAUGUUCAUCCAACGGCUAAUAACGAAUACACACACGUGGUAAGUCAAUACUGGUUCAGCUUCUGCAGAAAAGUCUCAAGGUACAACGUGAGAAGCUCUAACAAAACGUGAAAGCCACAACUAUUAUCAAACAAUAACACAAAACACACACGAACACAAAUAAAGACAAAGACAAUGAUUGUUCAGACAAUUUUGUACCUACAUGAUUCUGUACAUUCCUCUCUCUCUCACCAAACUCAGAGACAGAAUCUCUCUCUCUCAAUAUAUAUACUAUAACUCAAAUCACACAGUUCUGAACAAAGAACAUUUAUUGGGAACUUAAAACUAACAUUGAUCGAGAGAAAUGAGUAAGUUUGGUAGGUCUUUGUUCGGUGUAAGCCUGUUACUGACCGUUCUUCUCGCGGCAGCCACCACCUCGGCAGAGUACUACAAUUACGGAAGUGCCCUUGACAAGACCUUCUUGUUCUUUGAGGCUCAACGAUCAGGGAAGUUGCCUGCUACUCAACGCGUCAAAUGGCGUGGCAAUUCUGGUCUCAAAGAUGGUCUUGCUCAAGGCGUGAGCUUGGAAGGAGGAUAUUAUGAUGCAGGAGACAAUGUGAAAUUCGGUUUACCAAUGGCUUUCUUAGUGACAAUGCUAUCGUGGGCCGCAGUUGAUAACCGUAAAGAGCUAUCCGGUUUGAACCAGAUGCAACAGACAUUGUGGUCAAUCCGAUGGGGUACUGAUUACUUCAUCAAAGCUCAUCCUCAGCCUAAUGUUCUAUGGGGUCAAGUUGGAGAUGGACAAUCAGACCAUUACUGUUGGGAGCGUCCUGAGGACAUGACCACUUCAAGAACAGCUUAUAAGCUUGACCAGUACCAUCCUGGUUCAGACUUAGCCGGUGAAACCGCUGCUGCUUUUGCCGCUGCUUCUCUGGCUUUCAAGCCUUAUAACUCCUCUUACUCUGCUAUUCUCUUAACUCAUGCCAAAGAGCUCUUCUCAUUUGCUGAUAAGUACAGAGGAUUAUUCACUGAUUCAAUCCCAAAUGCAAAAGCUUUCUACAUGUCAUCUGGUUACUCGGACGAGCUUCUUUGGGCUGCAGCUUGGCUACACCGUGCCACCGGGGACCAGUAUUACUUAAAAUACGCUAUAGACAAUGCCGGUUACAUGGGAGGAACUGGUUGGGGGAUGAAAGAAUGUAAUCAUUUUUACUUCUUGCAGGCUGAUUACAUUCUUGGGAAGAACCGUCAGGGAAUGAGUUACCUAGUUGGAUAUGGACCAAAAUAUCCACUCCGAGUUCACCAUAGAGGCGCUUCAAUCCCUUCAAUCUUUGUUCAACGCUCUUCUGUGAGCUGUGUACAAGGAUUUGAUUCUUGGUACAGAAGGUCACAAGCUGAUCCUAAUGUUAUCCAUGGUGCUCUUGUUGGUGGACCAGACCAGAAUGAUAACUACUCUGACGACCGGGCAAACUACGAGCAAUCAGAACCAACUCUGUCAGGAACAGCUCCACUCGUUGGUCUAUUCGCUAAACUCUCUGGAAAAUUAGGGUCUUAUGGAGGAGGAUAUUCCAAACCUUACCAAACAACAAAACCACCAGCUUCGUCUUACAAAGCAACACCAACAAGAUACACUCCAAAGCAAUCAGGUGCACCAAUUGAGUUUCUACAUUCAAUAACUGCCAAUUGGAUGGCUGGGGACACGAGGUACUACAGACACAAAGUGAUCAUCAAGAACAAUUCUCAGAAACAGAUAUCGGAUCUUAAGCUCAAGAUUGAAGAUCUCUCAGGACCUAUAUGGGGUCUAAACCCAACGGGGCAAAAGACUACUUACCAGCUUCCUGAGUGGCAAAAGACUCUGAGAGCAGGACAAACUCAUGAUUUUGUCUACGUACAAGGCGGUCCUCAAGCUAAAGUAUCAGUCUUGAGUUACUACUAACACUUGUUUAACAAUGACAAGAUGUAUAUUUGCAUCCUUUUGAGAGAUGUUUUUGUUGACUACUUUAUUACUCAUAGAUUAAUAAAUUUGGAUCUUCUGAGAGAUGUUUUUGUUGAGUACUUAUUACUCAGAGAUUAACGAAAGAAGACAAUGAUAACACCAAAAGUACUCGAGAUUGAGCUUAAUUUAUAACAUUAAGAAAAAAAUUUAAAGGUUCUCAGACAAAAAAAAAAACCAAAA